AUGAGCACGGUUAUCGCCGAAGCUCUGCCGGAACGUCUUCCUGUUGAGGAGGAAUGCAGCUCUUCCUACAGCCCAAAUCACUUCUACCCCGUGCGUCUCGGAGAGAUCUUCAAUGAGAGAUACCAAGUCGUUGCAAAACUUGGUUUUUCAUCCAACUCAACUAUUUGGUUGGCGAAAGACCUUCACCAAUGGCGUUGGCGCUCGGCACGCUACGUUGCCGUCAAAGUAAAUGCGAACCCUGACGAUGUCAAGAGUGCUGCUGAAAGGGAAUUCCAAGUCUCCCAGCUUCUCGAAGGGACCAAAUCACGCCUCGUCAAUAGCAAGCCGGCCGGGAUUACGGGACACCAGUACGCCCACAUACUACAAGACUAUUUCAACCUGAAUGGGCCGCAUGGAGUCCAUUUCUGUACCAUCUCUGAUCCCUUGGGAGAGUCUCUCGAAGAUUUAAAGCAGCGCUUAGAAGGGAGGAUUCCUUUGAAUCUCCUGAAGGCUGUCACCAGAAUGAUACUCAGAGGCCUUGAGUUCCUUCACGCCGAGUGCCUCUUCAUCCACACAGAUAUCCAAGAUCUGAAGCCGGAAAGCAUAAGGUUAACUCUGGGGAGGUGGAAACCUCAAGCUGUCGCGCGGGCCGAACGGAAAACACCACGGCCUCAGAAGAAACUCGAAGAUCGGACAAUAUAUACUUCGCGCCAGGCCGGCGAUCUCAACGACCUGGUAAGAGUAGUGAUCACUGACUUUGGAGCUUCGGUGGCUGGAAAUGACUGCUUUCGGUAUGAGCAUCUAAUACAAUCCCUUCCAUACCGCGCUCCAGAGGUAAUCAUUGGGGCGGGAUGGAGUUAUGGUGCCGAUAUCUGGAAUCUCGGCGUCAUGGUAUGA